CGGACGGGCAGCGGCGGGCGGCCGAGCAGCUUUAAAUGGGACACCCGGGCGCUUACGUUGGGGGCGGGACUGAGGGUGUUGCAGUCCCAGCAAUGAAGGAACUGGCGCAGGAUCCGAAAAUGGAGUGCGAUAUACUGGACGCGCUCGAGGCUUUGGGGUACAAAGGUCCUCUACUAGAUGAAGAUGCCCUUAAUCAAGCAGCAGAAAGUGGUUUGGCUUCACAAGAUUUCUGUGAGCUUUGCUUUUGGUUAAGUUCCCAAAUACAACCUUUGUGUGACUUGGAAGAAAGCAUCUCUUCAACAGCUGGUGGUGAAGAUGUUGAAAGUUUACAACUGGAGAUGAGUGGCUUUUUAAAAGAACUGGCAUGUCCAUAUUCAACACUUGUAUCUGGAGAAAUUAAAGACCGAUUAAAAAAGAAAGAAGAUUGCCUUAAAGUCCUAUUAUUUUUAAGUACAGAACUUCAGGCUUUGAAAGUAUUGCAGUUCAAACAACCUAAAGGUUCAUCAAAGAAUAAUGAAAUUCAUCAAGAAAUCCAAAUGAUCUGUGACACACUGGGACUACCAAAGUCAUCAACUUCUGACAUUCCAGUUUUAUUAAGCAAUAUAGACUCAAAGGUUAAGGAUGUUUUAUCAAAAAUGCCAAAUACUUACGUGGGUAAACCUCUGCUAAAAACGCCUUUGAAUCCAGAUCAAACGGAAAGGUUGGAAAAAAUAAAUGAGGCUCUCCUUAGUGAAUACGAAUGCCGCCGCCGUAUGUUAAUGAAGCGCUUAGAUGUAACCGUACAGUCCUUUGGGUGGUCCGACAGAGCAAAGGUGAAAACAGAUGAUAUUGCAAGGAUUUAUCAACCCAAACGUUAUGGACUGUGUCCUAAGUCAACCAUCUCAUUAGCCCAUCUUCUAGCUGCUCGAGAAGACUUAUCAAAGAUUGUAAGAACAAGCAGUGGAUCUACACGAGAGAAGACAGUGUGUGCAGUCAAUAAAGUCUUGAUGGGCAGAGUACCAGAUCGUGGAGGCAGGCCAACAGAAAUUGACCCACCACCCCCUGAGAUGCCUCCCUGGCAGAAGAGACAAGAUGGAGGCGGGAGAGGAGGAAGAGGGGGUUGGGGAGGAGGGGGCAGAGGUAGGGGAGGAGGGGGUGGUGGCUGGGGUGAUGGUGGGGGGAGAGGAGGAGGAGGGGGUGGUGGCUGGAGAGGAGGUGGUUUCCAAGGGAGGGGAGACUAUAGUGGGAGAGCAGGUUACAGUGGGAGAGGUGGAUAUGGAGAUUCGUAUGGUGGAAGGGGAGGAGGAUACAGGAGAUACUGACGUCUUUAAUGAUAAAGUUAACUUCCACAGCCUGUAGGGGGCCUAAAAUAAAUUAUAGCUGACUUAGCAGCAUGAUGUCUGAUUUAUGUAGAUCCUCCUUACUGAUAAGGUACAUUUUUUCACUAUAAACCACUUUGCACAUUGGAUUUCCUGCACAGAUAUGACUUCCUUUAUGAAACUGCAUGUCCUCAACACACAUGCAUGUGCAUUUGUCACAUGAUUUCUGUGUGGUUGGAAGCCCCAGUUGGAGAAUUCGUUUGUUGUGUAUAUGCAAUGAAAUACAAACAUCUGAGCUUGUUGUAUAUGAUGGUGAGCAUGUAGGCUAUGUUCAGUUUUUUGUGCAGAAGUGAUAUCCAUGUAGCAAAUUUGUCGUGUGAAGUGGCCCUAAAAUUGUUUUAGUCAAGUGAAAAAUAUGAUGGCAAAGAAGCCAUAAAUAUUAUUGGCACUGUUUAUGUAUCUUUUGAGUAUCUGACUUUGUAUUUAAUAUAACAAAUGAAAUUAUGAAUUAAAAAUGGAUUUUCCUUUUAAGUGUUCCUAUAGGAGUGAUUGCCUUUUACAAAGAUGAAUAUUAAAAACUUAGUGUCCUAGAACUGGCCUCCAUCUUUUUCAUAUAUUUAUGGAAAAAGUAGAAAGGAGAGUGGUUCCACCAGUUGGAAUGUGUGUUGCUUGUUAAAUACAAAACAACAUAGUCAUGAAAAUGCAGAGGCUGGCAGUCUAAACUGCUUGUACAUAUGAUAUAGCAGUGAUGAAUAUUAAUAGGAAAGGUAUAUCAGUGGGCAUUUUAUAAAAAUUACUUCAGAACCAUGUGCCAGACAUUCUCACUGGCUGACAUUCAAGGUAGCAGUCUGGGGAUGUGCGGUGGGUAGUGGUUGCUGCUGCUCUCCCCUGCCUCUGUAAGUGCUCUUUGACUUACAAAAUGUCCCUGGGGCUGCAUGUCCCUCAGGGACAUAUUUCUGGAAAGCAAGGAGCACUUAUGGAGACAGGAGAGUAGCAAAAACCUCUAGUUUGUGCACUGCUGUCUGAGACAGCUCUAGCUGAGUUAAGAGCAGCCUUUCUGCACAAGCUGUGCGCCCCGCCCCCCGAUUGCUGCUCUGGAUGUCAGCCACUAUAACUAGCUAGACCUCAUUAUAGCCACAAUAAUCUGUUUUGAAGAAAUAAAGGAUGAAUGUUUUUGCAGAUAUACCUGAAAACUACAUCUUAAUGUCUGUCAUCUUUGCCACCAAACUUCACCCACCCCUUGCACAAGUUUGGUUUCCUUGCAGUAUAAGUGAGCAGGGAUAGGAAAUGUUAGAUAAAGCUGAUAUUUUAAGCAAGUGGCUGACAUGUUGCGCAGCAUAACUCAGGCAGCUCAGAACCACCCAUACCCUGUCUAAAACACCACCCAUGCUGUUGCAGAAUGGUCCUAUCCAACUGCUUAAAAUUGCACAACCGCAGUGGCAGAACACAUUAUUUUCAGGGAACAUAUGCAACUACAUACAGCUUUCAGUAGCAGCAGAACAGCGUUCUGCAACAGUACAGGUGCGCUUUUAGAGACACAAUAAUGCAGGUGGUUUUGAACUGCUUGUGUUAUGCUGUGCAACAUGUCAGCAAAAGGAAGAUUUUUCUUAGUUGCUCUUGUUAACUUUUAUGAGGCCUCAGAAUCUCUCUUCAAGGAGAAAAUUAUAAUUUGCUUCUUUCAGACUUACAUGCACACACAUCCUGUGCUAGAAUUCUGGCUGUUAUAUAGUAGAGAGUUUUUAAGAACUAAUAUAGAGAUAGCAAGUCAUACUGCUUUUCCCAGCAAGAACAUGAAAGUUAGAAGAGCCAUAUAUAUCCUGUUUUUAAACGUAAACUUGUUUUUUUGUGUUUUACAUUCCCUGUUGGUCCCAAAUCAGAAAAUACUUGAAGACAAAGUUAAAAAUAAACAAUGCCAGCAGUUGGCAAUUUUGAUUUUUACAUAUGUGUUCGUGCAUCUUCUAAAAAAGGCAAUAAAUUAUAAAGCACAUUUUUGUAAGGGUUGAAAAUGAAUACUGUAUUUUGUAAAACUUAAAUUUGUGUUAGUAAUAAUUUAGUUUUGUGUUUGAACACUUUCCUUUAAAUGCAUCUACUGAAAAUCUUGCUUUUUGGCCACCACCUGAAAAAGUGUGUUUUAUGAAAGAUUGUUUACAUUUGUGAGCACUGACAAAUAAAAAUACUGUAAAGUU